AUGAAUAAUAGUCUGCCCAAGACGGUUGUCAGUAGUAUUCCCAACAAUGCGAACCUAGCCAUGGUGGCUGUGGCUAGUGUGCCGUCCAAGCGCCAGAUCGACGUCUGUCAGUACCAACUCGAGCGAAGAUCUCGGUUCCCCGGCUUUGGAUCCAUGGGUCUGGUUGAAACCAUGUCCAGCCCUAUUCUAGAUGUCAAGUCCAUCUCUUUUUAUCUGUUAUGA